GUCACAGGCCAUGGAUCUGGCUGGGCCUGAUCGGUCCACUCAAGCAUUAUUUGCACGAACAGGCCCAUUAAAUGCUUUUGAUUGGCGUAGUUAAUCGAUUCUCUCUCUCUCUGAGCUCUCUCGUUCGCUAGGGUUUUCCAAGGGUUUCGUUUAUCACUAUAGUGUGUGGUCACUGUGAACCAGCUAUGGCGAAACCAGGCCGAGGUCGUCCGGCGACUCCGUCGGGGUCCGGUUCAGGUUCUUCCCGGUCUCCGUCUCGCUCCCGGUCCAGGUCCACUGGCUCCGACUCUCGCUCCAGCUCGCGCUCCCGAUCUCAUUCGCGUUCCGUGUCUUCUUCUUCUGUAUCUCGCAGCGCCAGUUCUCGUAGCCGAAGCCCCCCUCCCCAGAGAAAAAGUCCGGUUGAAGGAGCUAAGCGAGGUCGUUCCCCUCCACCACAAUCGAAGAAAAUUUCUCCUCCCCCAAGGAAACCAUCUCCUGUACUCCAGUCGCUUGAACUUCAUGUUGACCAGCUCAGCAGGAAUGUGAAUGAAGCCCAUCUUAGAGAAAUAUUCAGUAACUUUGGAGAUGUUGUAAAAGUGCGGCUGGCAAUGGAUUCUGCUGUUAACCUUUCAAAAGGAUACGGAUAUGUGGAGUUCAAGAUGAGAGCUGAUGCUGAAAAAGCCCAGAUGUACAUGGAUGGGGCCCAGAUUGAUGGGAAUGUUGUUCGAGCAAAGUUUACAUUACCCGAGAGGAAGAAAGUAUCACCACCACCUAAGGUGGUUGCCGCUGCACCAAAGAAAGAUGGUCCAAAAAUUGAUGCUGUUGGUGCUGAUGUUGAAAAGGGUGGACCAAAGCGGCUGAGAGAAUCUCCUCCCCCUCGCAAGCCUCAAUCCCCCUUGCGAAGGAGAUCUCCUGUCGGACGAAGAGGUGGAUCUCCCAGACGAAAUCCAGACUCUCCUCCUGUUCGUCGUCGUGUGGACUCUCCUGUUCGUCGUCGUGGAGAAUCUCCUUACCGCCGAGGUGAAACACCUCCUAGGAGGAGGCCUGCAUCUCCAGUGCGAGGUCGUUCACCUUCCUCUCCACCAAGAAGGAACAGAUCACCAGCGAGGGCCUCGCCCCGGAGGAUACGUGGCAGUCCUGUGCGUAGAAGAUCUCCUAUUCCACCAAGGCGCCGUUCCCCUCCCAGACGAGCUCGAAGUCCGCCUAGAAGAUCUCCUAUUAAUCGCAGACGAAGCCGCUCUCCUAUUCGAAGGCCUGUGAGGUCAGGCUCAAGAUCAGUCUCUCCAAGGAGAGGUAGAGCACCAGUUGGAAGACGUGGGAGGUCAUCCUCAUACUCCGGAUCGCCUAGUCCACGCAGGGUAGCACGAAGGAUAUCUCGCAGUCCUAGAAGGCCCUUGAGAGGGAGAAGCUCUAGCAAAAGCAGCAGCAGCAGCUCACCGCCUCGUAAGCCAUGAGUUAUGAAUGACAAAGCUUUGCACUUACAGCGCGUUGUCUAUGUAACUACUAUUUGUCAAUCGUAGCUAUGACUUUCCGGAGAAUUAUGUUAUGGUUGGUUUUUGAGUUGUCUAAAUUGAGAUUCUGUACCAUGUGCUCCUGUUUUCAACUUUUGGUGAUGAGGAUCCAAAAAAAAAAAAAAAACUUUUUGUGAUAUUAUUGCUGAAAGACAUUGAAAUGGACUUGUUAAUGAAAUAUUUUAUGACUUGUUACC